GAGAGAGAGAAACAGAAACAGCAAUGGACCGAGAGCAGCAAGAGCUAAACGAUUUAAUUCUCCUGGACGCCGCCGCUGACGGCGGCGUUAGCACGGCUGUGGAAGCAGGUGUUGAUGGCGAUGGCAACGACGAUGGUGGUGGUUCUAGUGCUGGUAGGGUUAAGGGGCCUUGGUCGCCUGAGGAAGACGCGAUUUUAGGUCGACUGGUUAGUAAGUUCGGAGCAAGGAACUGGAGCUUGAUCGCGCGAGGGAUUCCUGGAAGGUCCGGUAAGUCGUGCCGUCUACGGUGGUGUAAUCAGCUUGACCCUUGCGUUAAGCGCAAGCCUUUUACUGCUGGUAGAGUGAAUAAUGUUUGCUAUUAG